GACAACGCAGGUUGCUCCUAAGUCAACACACUUCACUUCUUUUCGCUCCUACCAUUUUGGGUUUUGACAAAAUUUUAUUGCACAGGAACUGAGGAUAGAUAAGUAUGCGUCUGCCGCGGCAUACAGAACAAGGCUGAAAUGUGCCACAAAUCCUCCGUCAUGCAGUUAUACUGGCCCCAUAAUCUCACAACCUCAGGACUCGCCUCGUUUUCCAUCUGCAGUUGGCAUUUUCUAAAAAAGAAAAAACGUUCAGGAGUAUCGACUUAUGCCCAGAUCGAUCCUUUACACAGCAUGAUGAAGUUGAUCGAGAUGUGUCCCGGCUGACUGCAUAACAGCCUUGUUGAAUGUGGAGUUAUAA